AUGGGUGGCGCAAACAGAGAAGGCGGCAAGGCCAAGCCCUUGAAGGCAGCCAAGAAGGCCACCAAGGAGAUGGACGAGGAUGACGUCGCCUACCUCGAGAAGAAGAGAGCCGAGGACAAGGCACGCAAGGAGAUGGCCGCCAAGGCAGGAGGCAAGGGCCCGCUGAACACUGGUACUCAGGGUAUCAAGAAGAGCGGCAAGAAAUAG